AUGUACACUUUCUUUACGGAGCUGAUCAAUUACGUACAUAUCACAUCCUUCGAGUUAAUCCUCCAUGUCAUCAGCAUUCUCAUAAGCUCUGUCUUUUUGGCACUUCAUACUGAGGGUGCCUCUGUCAAAGGCACUUUCGAUCGUGAGACCUCACUUUGGUUUGUAUUUCUGCCCUUAUGGGCUGCCGACGUCGUAACCGCCUACUUCAAUUUCCUUGUGUAUUCCCGGCAUGUCCUGUUCUACAAGCAUUGCCGCCACUGCAUAGGGAGGUCCGGAUUACCCGUUCAUCAUUUCAAUCAACCCCGAUGGUCCCGCUUUGUCGGUCAACUCUUCUACUCACUUUUGUGCAGCUUGUGUUUGUUUCUGUUCAAAUUAUUGUUGUACCAAAAAUUAACCCGCCCAGAGCAAUCAACUUUGUCUUACGGUGUUGUGUUUUUGCCGCUCGUUUGUUUUAUGCAUUUACUCCUCGUGUCUAUUUUUGUCACCUUGUGUUCUUCUUGCUGUCCUUAA